UCUGCUUUGACCCCAAACUGCUCGGAUCGGUUCGGUUCGGAUCGGAUCGGCCCAGGAUGCGGCCCUUCUAGGUGGAUCAGUCAUGCUUUGGGUGAUGAAUGAAUGGCAAAGAGAGCCUCCAAGCCGCGGACUCUUUGGACUCUUCAGACACGCGCACAGGUGAUGGAGGCUGAAGAGUGAAGCGCAGAUCCUGAAGGGUGAAGAUGCAGCACACCACAUGCACAGAGGACCGGAUCCAGCACGCCCUGGACCGAUGCCUGGAUGGGCUGAGAACGAGUCCCACUGCAGCGCAUCACUGGAACGUGCUGAUGUGCUCAGCGGGUCAGUCGAUGAACCGCUGGAGCCUGGAGGAGCUUGUGAAGAGAGAUCCUGAGAACUUCCUCAUUCUCCUGCAGCAGAUCAUCAGGAAAACCAGAGAGGCCCAGGAGCAGUGUCAGUAUGAGCUGGUGCCCCCCCUCGCCAUCAUGUUCACCUCCACUCUUCUGCAGACUCCGUACUGCCCCCCCCACUCUGAGCUCCUAGAGGAAGCCCUGGAGGUGUUUUACAGCUUCCUCACUUGGCCCGAGCCGUACUGCAGUGUGUGCAGGGAGCUCCUCUCCAUGCUGCAGCUGGAGAUCAAGGCACCUGGAAUUUCCUUUCAGAGGCUGGUUAGAGAAGAGCAGGGUCUGAACACCCCCGACCAAACUUCAAAGACCAUGUCAUCCUUCCUAGGAAUUCUUCAGACGCUACCUUUGCCCACAGCCAAAACCUACACGUUCCACUGGGAGAAGGAUAACUUUGAUGUUCUGCACACGCUUCUGGAGCGCGAUGUGGACGAGUUUGGCACCAGCGAGCAGCAGGAGGCGGUGGAGGAGGAGGAGGAGAAGGAGGCCGGAUUUUAUUCCCAGCAGGAUUUGACAGAGUACGACGAGGAGAGCGGAGCGGUGGAUCCGGCACUAAUUGUGGCCAACAGCUGCAACAGCAGCCACCGUGUCUCCACCUUUUCCACCAUCUCCUCCCUGUCCACCACCUCCAAAGACUCCAUGUACUCCACCUUGUCUGUGGCGUCCGAGUCCUACCCCCCCUCCAUCUAUUCCGGGGUGGACAGCGACUACUUCGAAGACUCCGACGACUACAUCAGCUCCUCUCCUGUGGCGGAGAAAUGCUCCCCCAAGUCCAGUAAGGUUUCCACCCGCCUCAGCCAGCACUUCCACCGGCUCUUUAUCAAACCCAAGAACCCCAGGAUGCUGUCCAGGGCGAAGAGCCUGGGAAACUCUGAAUCCAAAGACAUCCUGGUGGUGCGCGAGACGCGCUCCAACUCUCUGCCGCAGCAGGUCCGGCUGUUUAGCUCCGACUCUCUGCCCAGGCCUCAGAUCCAGGCUCUACGACACGUCUGCUUCCGGAGGAGGCCCAUUCUGAGCAGCGAUGAGGACAAUAAGAACACCACGCUAAGAGUGGUGGUGUUUGGUGCCGAUCACGUCGCCGGGAAGGUGGCCCGAGCCUACAGCAGCCUGAGGAAGAACGAGAGCGCGUGUCCGCGACUCACCAGAGCCUUUAACCUGCAGUUCUACUUUGUGCCGGUAAAGAGGGAUCCGGGAUCAGGACAUCGAAGGUCCUCCACCCCUUUGGUCCAAACCGGAUCUCCAAAAGGAUCCGGCCUGCUCCUGCUGAUGCUGGCGUGUGGAGAGAGGAGGACGGAGGUGUUCGUUCACUCCCUGGAACUGGGUCACACAGCGGGAACGCGAGCCAUCAAGGCCAUGGGUGCCGCCAGUAAACGGUUUGGCAUUGACGGCGACCGAGAGGCUGUGCCCCUCACUCUGGACGUGGUCUACAACAGGGUGGUGGUCAGUGGAAGAAGUCAGUGGAGAAGAGAAACCAAGGUCUGCACUUCCGUAAACUUGAUCAAAGCGUGCAAGAACCCAGAGGAGCUCGAUUCAAAGAUGGAGUGUCUGCAGCUCACCAUGACCGAGGUGCUGAAGAGACAGAACGGCAAAAGCAAGAAGGGCUACAACCAGCUCAGCGUGACAGAAGUGAAGGUCGACAAGGUGCAGGUCAGCGGAGUUGGAAACACAACGUUUGCCGUUUGUUUGGACCAGGAUGAGAAAAAAAUACUCCAAAGCGUUACCAGGUGUGAAAUAUCCGUGUGCUACAAACCUGACAGCUCCACCGACUGGAGGCUGAGAAAAUCCCAGGCCUCGGCUCAGAUCCAGCCUCUCAACCCCACCUUCUGCUCCCUGCUCUGCCUGCCCAUUGUGACCUUCAGCGGGGCUUUACCCUGAAAGCUCCCCCUUCUGCAUCCAUCAGAAUAAGAGAAUCCUCUCUUAUUCGUCGUAAACUUUGCACACGGCUCAGAAGGAAAAACAUGCAGGGAACUCUCGAUCCAACAUGGCCGACCUCGCACCUCAGGCUCAGCCGUCCUUGAAUCAGAUCAGAAUAUCUCGCCUUAUCUGUGCAAUGCAGUCCUUCUGUUAUGAAGAGAACUUUUCAAGUUUCACAGUCAAGGUUUCGCUUCCUUAUUUGUUGUUUUUCGACAGAACUGACUUUAACCGCGGUGACGUAGCAGUGUAUGAUGGUUGAUCAGGGUAAAUAUUCUUUCUCAGGUGAAACCAGCAUUACCUUCACCUGUUUGGUGAAAUGAGUCCAACACACUGGAACUGUUUUUAUCUUGAUCAGCCUACUUGACAAUCGAUUCUUAACUAUAUGCAGAUUGUUUGACAGAAUCUGAGAAAGCACACUAUAGAUGUACAUUUUAUGCUCUUAAGAUAUUAUUUCAUGUACUAUAACUUUUACUAGAUCCUGUCCUGUGUUUGUUUUUUAAUGUAAUCUGAUAAUAUUUCUCCCAAGGAGUUACUAUUGUCACAGUUUUAACUGCAGCUAUAAAUAUGACCACCAGGGGUCACUAUUGACUUUCCAUUAAACUUCCACUCUAUGUUUAAAAUCAUUUGAACUUGAAACUCUGACAGUACUGUAAUAAAUCAUGGAAAAUAAAAAUCACAGUCCGACUCCAUAAACGAUAAAGUCAACGGAUGGAUAUUAUGAUGAUUUCAAACGGACAUUUUAUGCAACUGAUUAACUGCACUUUCUAAAAAUGUAUCAC